AGGCAAGUCAAGAGAUUGAAAAUCUGAAGAAUGUUUCCAAAGGAUAAUCUGGCUGUCACUCACUGGGUAUGGAGGAGCAUGAGGAAGCUAUUUCUACUGCUUUCUCUCUUGCUGUCCCAUGCAGCUCAUUUGGAAGGCAAAAAGGAUAAUCAGUUCAUCUGGAAACCAGGCCCCUGGGGAAGGUGUACAGGCGACUGCGGGCCAGGAGGAGUCCAGAGUCGUGCACUGUGGUGUUUCCACUUUGAGGGGUGGACAAGUCACCUGUCUAACUGUGAUGAGAACAACAGGCCUCCGAAGGAAAGAAGCUGCUUCCGAGUCUGUGACUGGCACAGCGACCUCUUCCAGUGGGAGGUUUCUGACUGGCACCACUGUGUGCUUGUUCCUUCUGCCCUUGGCCAAACCAAACCUCGGACUGCAGAGUGUGUGACGGCUCAGCAUGGACUACAGCACCGGACCGUGCACUGUAUUCAGAAGUUGAACAGAACCAUGGUUGUAAAUGAAAUCUGUGAACACUUUGCCCCCCAGCCCCCCACAGAACAAGCUUGCCUCAUCCCUUGCCCCCGGGAUUGUGUUGUAUCUGAGUUCUCAGAAUGGUCCAAGUGUAGCAAGGGAUGUGGGAAGCAAUUGCAACACAGAACUCGCACGGCCAUUGCUCCCCCUCUCUACGGAGGUUCGCCAUGUCCCAAUCUGACUGAGUCAAGAGCCUGUGACACUCCCAUUUCCUGUCCUCUUGGAGAAGAGGAAUAUACUUUUAGCCUUAAAGUUGGACCAUGGAGUAAAUGUAGACUGCCUCAUCUUAAAGAAUUUAACCUAAGCGGAAGAACUGUUCUGGAUUUUAGCUCUGAUUCAAAGGAACGAGUCACCUUUAGACAUCAAAGUUACAAGUCACAUCACCAUUCCAAGCCCUGGGACAUAGAGAUAGGUUAUCAAACCCGGCAGGUUUGGUGCACAAGAAGUGAUGGGAAAAAUGCGAUGUUAAGCCUUUGCAUGCAAGACUCCUUCCCUUUGACUGUCCAGUCCUGCAUCUUGCCGAAAGACUGUGAAACCACUGAGUGGUCCCCCUGGAGUUCCUGCUCCAAGACAUGUCGUUCAGGGAGUCUGUCACCAGGAUUCAGGAGCAGGAGCCGCAAUGUGAAGCAUGUUGCUAUUGGAGGUGGAAGGGAGUGCCCUGAACUUCUUGAGAAAGAGGCCUGCAUUGUCGAAGGAGAAUUUUUGCAGCCAUGUCCCAGGUAUUCCUGGAGGACCUCUGAAUGGAAAGAAUGCCAAGUCUCUCUCCUCCUGGAGCAGCAGGAUCCCCACUGGCAUGCCACGGGACCCGUUUGCGGCGGUGGGAUCCAGACCCGGGAGGUGUACUGUGCCCAGAGCACGCUAGCAUCCACCACACAGAGGGCCAAGGAAGUCUCUAGACCUGUGGAAAAGACAUUGUGUUUGGGACCUGCCCCAUCAGCCUCUCAGCUCUGCAAUAUCCCUUGCUCUACAGACUGUAUAGUAUCUUCCUGGUCAGCCUGGGGCCUGUGCGUCCAUGAGAACUGCCACGAUCCUCAGGGGAGAAAAGGCUUUAGAAUGAGACAGCGCCAUGUCCUCAUGGAAUCCACAGGGCCUGCAGGGCGUUGCCCUCAUUUGGUGGAAUCUGUUGCCUGUGAGGAUCCAAUGUGUUAUCGAUGGCUGGCAUCUGAAGGGAUCUGUAUCCCUGAUCAUGGAAAAUGUGGCCUGGGACAUCGCAUCCUGAAGGCUGUCUGCCAGAAUGACCAAGGAGAAGAUGUAUCAGGGAGUCUCUGCUCAGCAUCUCCUCCUCCUGAACAGAUGGCUUGCGAAAUUCCCUGCCGAAUGGAUUGUGUGCUGAGUGAGUGGACAGAGUGGUCGUCCUGCUCCCACUCUUGUUCAAAUAAAAACUCAGAUGGGAAACAGACCAGGUGGAGAACUAUCCUGGCAUUGGCUGGAGAAGGUGGAAAGCCAUGCCCCCCUAGUCAGGCCCUCCAAGAAUAUCGUUCAUGCAAUGACCAUUCCUGUAUGCAGCUCUACUGGGAGACAUCACCUUGGAGCCCCUGUUCUGCAGACACAUUGGUAACUGCCAUUAAUGAAACCAUUGGCUGGAAUGGAGAAGCUACCUGUGGUGUGGGCAUUCAGACACGGAGGGUCUUCUGUGUCAAGAGUCAUGUGGGACAAGUGAUGACCAAAAGAUGUCCAGAUUCUACUCGGCCUGAAACAGUACGUCCUUGUCUCCUCCCAUGCAAAAAAGACUGUAUUGUGACUGCUUUCAGUGAGUGGACGCCCUGCCCGAGGUUGUGCCAACCAGGAAAUGCCACAAUAAAACAGUCUCGAUACAGGAUUAUCAUUCAAGAAGCAGCCAACGGAGGCCAGGAGUGCCCAGAUACCUUAUUUGAAGAGCGAGAAUGUGAAGAUGUCUCAUUGUGCCCCAUAUAUCGGUGGAAGCUGCAGAAAUGGAGCCCUUGUUUCUUGGUGCCAGAGUCCGUCAGGCAAGGAAUAAUGGGCACCAGUGAAGCCUGUGGAAAAGGGGUACAAACAAGAGCUGUCUCAUGCAUCUCUGAUGAGAUCCAGUCAGCAGAAAUGACAGAGUGUCUCAAGCAGACAAAUGGCAUGCCUCCCCUUGUGCAAGAAUGCACGGUCCCGUGUCGAGAUGACUGCACCUUCACUGCUUGGUCCAAGUUUACACCUUGCUCUGCAAAUUGUGAAACAACCCGGAGUAGACGGCGACAGCUCACAGGGAAAAGCAGGAAAAAGGAGAAAUGCCAGGACGCUGACCUGUACCCUCUAGUGGAAACGGAACUGUGUCCUUGUGAUACAUUUGUAUCUCAACCUUAUGGAAACUGGUCAGAUUGCAUUCUUCCAGAAGGCAGAAGAGAGUCUCAGCGAGGACUGCGAGUACAGGGAGACAGCAAAGAAUGUGGAGAAGGCGUGCGCUUUCGAGCAAUAGCCUGCUCUGAUAAAAAUGGAAGACCUGUUGACCCCUCCUACUGCAGCAGCUCUGGUUAUGUUCAAGAAGAAUGCAUCAUCCCCUGUCCGUUUGAUUGCAAGUUAAGCGACUGGUCUAGUUGGGGGUCUUGCAGUUCAUCUUGUGGGAUUGGAGUGAGAAUUCGAUCCAAAUGGCUAAAAGAAAAACCUUACAAUGGAGGUCGCCCGUGUCCCAAGUUGGAUCUCAAGAAUCAGGUGCAUGAGGCAGUCCCAUGUUACAGUGAGUGCAAUCAGUAUUCCUGGGUUGUAGAACACUGGUCUCCGUGCAAAAUCCACAACGAGCUGAAGUCCCUGCCCUGUGGAGAAGGAACGCAAUCUAGGAAAAUCAGAUGUGUGAAAGCUGCUGAGAGUGAAGGUGGAGUAGUGGAUAACAGCCUCUGCAACCAGGAUGAAAUUCCUCGAGAAACCCAAUCCUGCUCUCUUCUGUGUCCCAAUGAAUGUGUCAUGUCCCAGUGGGGACCUUGGAGCAGAUGCCCACAGUCAUGUGAUCCCCACACAAUGCAGAGAAGAACCCGGCAUCUGCUGAGGCCCUCGCUGAGCUCAAGGACAUGUGCUGAAGACUCACAGGUGCGGCCUUGCCUCCUCAAUGAAAACUGCUUCCAGUUCCAGUACAAUCUAACAGAGUGGAGUACAUGCCAGUUGAGUGAAAACGCGACCUGUGGGCAAGGCGUCAGGACCCGCCUUCUGAGCUGUGUGCGCAGUGAUGGCAAGUCAGUUGGCGUGGACCAAUGCGAGCAGCAUAACUUGGAGAAGCCCCAGAGAAUGAGCAUGCACUGCCUGGUGAAAUGUGUGGUCAACUGUCAGCUCUCAGGGUGGACAGCUUGGACAGAGUGUUCACAGACUUGUGGCCGUGGAGGUCAAAUGAGCCGGACUCGAUUUGUCAUUAUGCCAACCCAAGGAGAGGGACGGCCGUGCCCUACAGAGCUUACCCAGCAGAAAACCUGCCCAGUGACCCCCUGCUACAGCUGGGUCCUCAGCAACUGGUCUGCAUGUAAAUUGGAGGGUGGAAACUGCGGGGAAGGAGUCCAGAUCCGCAGCCUUUCCUGCGUGGUCCACAAUGGUUCAAUCUCUCAUUGGGCUGUACAUGUAGACAAUGCACUGUGUGGAGAAAUGCCCUUUCAAGUUAGCAUCCUGAAGCAGCCCUGUUCUGUGCCUUGCCCAGGAGACUGCCAUUUGACCGAAUGGUCAGAGUGGAGCACGUGUGAACUGACCUGCAUCGAUGGAAGAAGCUUUGAGGCAAUGGGCCGCCAGUCUAGGUCAAGGACAUUUAUAAUUCAGUCUUUUGAGAACCAAGACAGCUGUCCCGAACAGGUUCUAGAAACACGCCCUUGUACAGGAGGCAAAUGUUAUCACUACACAUGGAAAGCAAGUCUUUGGAACAAUAAUGAACGCACUGUAUGGUGCCAACGUUCAGAUGGCAUUAAUGUCACAGGAGGCUGCUCCCCUCAGGCGCGUCCGGCUGCUAUCCGGCAGUGUAAUCCAGCCUGCAGAAAACCUUUCUCCUACUGUACGCAGGGUGGAGUCUGUGGUUGUGAGAAGGGCUAUACAGAGAUAAUGAGAUCAAAUGGUUUCCUGGAUUACUGCAUGAAAGUACCUGGCUCAGAGGAUAAGAAAGCUGAUGUGAAAAACCUUGCUGGGAAAAACAGACCUGUGAAUUCAAAAAUACAUGAUAUUUUUAAAGGAUGGUCUCUCCAACCCCUUGAUCCAGAUGGUCGAGUAAAAAUUUGGGUUUAUGGCGUUUCAGGUGGUGGUUUCCUUAUCAUGAUUUUCUUAGUAUUUACUUCCUACAUUGUUUGCAAGAAGCCAAAACUACAUCAAAGCACACCUCCCCAACAGAAGCCUCUGACCUUAGCCUACGAUGGAGACUUAGACAUGUAACCUGAAAAAGAAAUCCAAAUGUAGACAUCAACUGCCUUAACUGCUUUCUCUUUUGUAGCUCUCAGACUUCUCAGUUUUUUGAGGAAUCUCAUGAUGUGAUAUAUUGGGCAGAAUACAAAUAUUGCAAAAGUAAUAUUGCCUCAACUUCAUUUUGACAUGGAGUCAAGGAUUAUUUGGUCUGCCAUUUUGCUUUCCAGUUGUUUAUGGGUGUGAGUGUUUAAUUUUUUGAUUUUCUCGAGGGACCUGAAAACCCUUCUCUUCCUGUUUGGAAAUGGGAGGAAGAAAACAUGAUGGAAUUCCCACAGACUUGAGUAAACUUUAUCUUCAGCAGCAUGACAAUCCGGAGGAAAGUCCAAUCAAGGCAUUUACUGUAAAUGACGAGUCUGACACUGCAUUGUUACGCACUAUAUUAGUGCAGGUCUUUAUUCUUCCCAUACUUCAACACUGAGUUUCUAGAGUUUACAUUGGUUCAAAGACUUUCAAAUUGGAUUGCCUAUUUUCAUGAACACAGAGAGAAUGGGUUACCAUUUCAGAAAUUCUCUGAGUUUUUAUCUUUAAAUAUUGUAUUUUGUUUUGUAGCCAGGGGAUGAUGGCACUUCAUGGGUUGUGUCUAUUGAAAAAGAUGGAAUGUACGCAAUCGCUGGGCUAGAUGAAAGCUGGGUGGUUUCUGAAUGAAAUGUGUACUGAAUGUUAGGGUGUACAAAUGAAAUAGGUGGUUAUAUUGGAGAAUGAGGUAGAUUCUUUGAUUACUAAAACUGUAUUUUAACUAAACUUAGCCAUGUAGAUAUAGCGUUAACCACAUACAGUUGUAAUUCAGUUUAAUGAUGACAAACUCUGCUUUUGUAAUUUCAAUUUUCUUAUCUGAAUAUUUAUAAAUUCUUCUUUUGAAUUUAAUUCUGACCUCAUUUAAUAUACAUCAAACGCCGAUCCUGUUUGUAGCAAGUCUUGCUUUUAUAAGGUUUCAAUAAUAUCCAAAACAACACAUUGAAAAGCUGAAACCAUUUUAUGACGAUAAUUGUUUGUAAUCGUAGAUGUUGAAAGUAAGAAGGUGCCAUCUUGUGGUAUUGACUUGUAUUUAUAACAAAUAAAGUGCUCAAGAGACUGAAA